AUGGAGGGAGCUUGCACAUCCUGCCACCGCUCGCACAGAAAAUGUGAUAAAGCUGUUCCCUGUCAGUCCUGCAUUAUACGUGGAAAGGCGGAGGCGUGCGUCAAUACAACUCGCGUCUCAUAUGCAGUUUAUACUCAGCCUGAGCAGUCGCCAGUAAUACCGGAGGACGAGGAUCAAGCAGCCUCCACAGAGCGAAGAGAUAGGGACUUUUCUUUAAAAACACCGGAUUGGGAUUCAUAUGAAUCUACAGGCUUACUGCAUGUCCAGGUGAUGCCUGGAGCAGAGACCAAGUGUGAUGAGGAGACGCUGUUCCAGGAAAGCAUUUUCUCUAGCUCGCAUGGAGGAAUUGAUGACUUGAAACUUCCCCCGGACAUCUCGUUCCCCCAGAUGAGAAUUCCUCUCCUCCUUGUUCUGGGAUACCUCUGUGUGAUCAAAAUCCUUCCAGAGGACGAGGCAACAAUUUGGCAGAUCAUUUGUCGCCGGGAGCAGGAUUGGGAGAACGCGUUUCUUUUGCAGUAUGAUGAGGUUUUGUAUUGGUUGCUCUCAGUACGUCGGGCUCUUACCCAGGCUCAAGGUCUGCACGCCGUGACCUUGACGGAUAUUGAGUCGCAGAUUCGAUUCUUGCUAUACGUCAUCGGCAUCUAUUCUUUACCGCGAUCAAGCUUUUUACAGAUGUGCUACCAACGGAGUGACUUCCCAUACCGGCCUUUCGGGAUCAAAGCAAGCAUUGUGCUAAUCUGCCUCGCUUUCGGCGUCAUUCGCCCUCAAGAGAUUAAAAACUACGAACAUCAAAACUCUUGGCCACAGGACGACUCAUUCCUACCUCUGAUGACCUCGAGGCUCUAG